CCACGAAAUGCACCAGACGCAGUUUUUACUGAGUCCAUAUGUAUGCCAUUUUACUUCGCCUACCCACCUUUUGGACCCUCCCUCUUGGUGCUGGAAAUUACCUCCACUGCUCUAUUUCGUACCACCAUUUACAUGUAGGGCUGGUAAACGUGAGCAUGCAGAUGAAAAAUUUAUGGGAAAAGAUUUUUUCUCAUAGGCCUAUAAAUUCAAAGCAAG